AUGGUCAACUUAACCGCAACAGUUCAAGAGGCGGCGGCUCGCGAAAUUACGCGUAUUGAGCGCAUAGGAGCUCACUCACAUAUUCGUGGUCUGGGAUUAAAUGACGAUCUUGAAGCCCGACAGAUCUCUCAGGGCAUGGUUGGCCAAUGUAAGGCAAGAAGAGCAGCUGGCCUUAUCUUGGGUAUGAUUCGUGAGGGCAAAAUCGCUGGGCGUGCCAUACUUCUUGCUGGUCCACCUGGUACAGGCAAGACUGCAAUUGCUAUGGGUAUGGCUCAGGCACUUGGUCAUGACACACCAUUCACUGCAAUGGCUGGUAGUGAAAUUUUCUCAUUAGAAAUGAGCAAGACGGAAGCACUUACUCAAGCAUUCAGAAAAUCAAUUGGCGUGCGGAUCAAAGAGGAAGCCGAAAUAAUUGAAGGAGAAGUUGUCGAAGUCUUAAUAGACCGCCCAGCAACUGGAACAGGCGCAAAAAUAGGCAAACUAACGCUUAAGACAACUGAGAUGGAGACAGUUUACGAUCUAGGUCAAAAAAUGAUCGAGUCCCUAACAAAGGAAAAAGUUCAAGCUGGUGAUGUUAUUACUAUUGAUAAACCCUCUGGAAAAAUAACAAGACUAGGUCGGUCGUUUACCAGGGCUCGAGACUACGAUGCUACCGGUGGUCAAACAAAGUUUAUUCAGUGUCCGGAAGGUGAAUUGCAAAAACGAAAAGAAGUUGUUCAUACUGUUACUUUACACGAAAUCGACGUAAUUAACAGCAGGACUCAGGGUUUUCUUGCCCUCUUCAGUGGAGAUACCGGUGAAAUAAAGUCGGAGGUUAGGGAUCAAAUUAAUCACAAAGUAGCUGAAUGGAGGGAGGAAGGAAAGGCAGAAAUAGUUCCUGGUGUCCUGUUUAUUGACGAAGUGCACAUGUUGGAUAUUGAAUGCUUCUCAUUUCUUAAUCGAGCCCUUGAAUCUGACAUGGCCCCUGUGUUAAUUGUGGCAACAAACAGAGGUAUCACAAGAAUUCGUGGUACUAAUUAUCAAAGCCCACACGGAAUACCUAUUGAUCUUCUUGAUCGUCUCCUCAUCAUUUCAACUGACUCAUAUACAGACAAAGAAAUCCAAGCAAUUUUGAAGAUUCGUUGUGAAGAAGAGGAUGUUGAUAUUUCGGAAGACGCACUGGUCGUUCUUACCCGAAUCGGUAUGCAGACAUCCUUACGUUAUGCAAUCCAACUGAUAACCACUGCAAAUUUGGUGUGUCGAAAACGCAAAGGCUUGGAAGUCAGUAAAGAAGAUAUACGAAAGGUGUAUUCUUUGUUUAUGGAUGAGGCUCGGUCGACUCUUUUUCUCAAGGAAUAUCAGCAAGAAUUUAUGUUUAAUGAAAUAUCUGAAAUACAACCUUCCAAUUCAGGUGACAAACUUAAUGCGUGAAUAAUAUUGACUCCGUUUUCUUUUUGAAGAUAAUUAUGUGAACAGAUAUAACCCGAUCCAUUAUUUUCAAUUUUACGCAAUUGUUUGUACUCUUAAAGUACGUCUUUGUUCGAAGCAAAAUAUAUGAAUUAUGCAUAUGAUUUUUUAUAAUUGGUGUUUGCAUGAAAUGGAAAAGUCUAUCCGUUAACGAAAUUACUACGUGUAAUGUGUCGAUUUACGUUGUCUGGAGCCUUCUCUGCACGGAUUCAAAGAGCUCUUUUGGCGAAGGCGAAAUAUCAAUUAAAGGACGAGUAUACUGCGCGGC